AUGACUGAUGAAUUCAAUCGAUAUUAUAUCAAAAUUCGAGCUAUUUUGGGAAUAGAUUCAAAAACAAUCUUUGACGAACUUACAGAGGCAUUGGGACCUGAUGCUCCAUCAUAUCCAACAGUCAGAAGAUGGGCGAAACGUUUUCGUGAAGGAAGAGACGAUGUCACUGAUGAUCCUCGAUCUGGUCGUCCGAUUUCGGUGCUUACAGAUGAAAAUGUUGAACGCGUUCGACAAGUUAUCGAAGAUGAUCCACACUCAACUUAUGAUGAUAUUAUGGGUGAGACUGAUCUAUCACGUGGUACAAUAGAACGAAUUAUUCAUGAUCGUCUAAAGAUGAGAAAAGUUACAUCACGUUGGGUUGCUCAUCAACUUACUGACGAACAAAAACAAAAACGACUUAGAAUUUGUCGUCAAAAUUUAGAGAAAUUUAGAAAUGGAACAUGGCAUUUAUGUGAUGUUAUUACUGGUGAUGAGACAUGGAUUUAUCACAGGCAGAUUGGUCGAAAGUCAAGCAAUGCUACUUGGGUUGGCGAAAAUGAACUACCAAGAACCAUUGUUCGUCGGAAUAGAUUUGAACCUAGAACACUAUUUUGCUUCUUCUUCAAAUCCACUGGUUCUCUUCUCAUACACAAAGUAGAUAAGGGCAAGACAAUCGAUCAUGACUACUAUAUUGAUAAUUGUCUUAUACCUGUUAUCAAUGAAAUAAGAAAAAAGGAAAAGUCAUCACGUACUACAUAUAAAAUGCUUCAUGAUAAUGGUCCUCCUCAUACUCAUCCAGAUGUUAUUGAUUAUUUAAUGGAGGAAGGAAUCGAAAUCAUUCCACAUCCACCAUAUUCACCAGAUCUCGCACCGUGUGACUUUUGGCUAAAUGAUUAUAUCAAGAACAAGUUGACGGAUCACACAAACGAAGAAUCAUUAGCUCAAGAGGUUUCCACCAUAGUGAAGAAUAUUCCAAUAAACGAGUUUAAAAAGACUUUCGAUAAACUGUUAGAAAGAAUGAAACUUUGUAUCGAAAAUAAUGGUGAUUAUUUUGAGCAUUUAAUAAAAUAAAAUAACGAAUGUCUCUUCGUUUCUGUAUUGUGGUUUUAUGUUGGCAUGAUCUUUUCUUGGCUAUAAAUACUAUAGAUUUAGUCUGAAAGGAUGUUAGAACUAAGUCUAAGAGAGAGUUGCUCUAUAUAUUAUUAAAGACGAGACGUUAUACUAUAUAUCGCCUUAGUAAAAUAUUCAAUAUUUAUUGCUUUAUUAAAUUUUAAAAACUGUGAUCAGAACUUUUGGUAUACCCUAAGUAACUCAGUUUUUUGAGUUACUUCCGAAUAGGAUACUGCUUUUGAUUGAAAUGAUACAUUUGUAAUAAAAAACUGGUCAAAGAUAACACAAAUAUGUAAAAAAUUCUGCUCUAAGGGUGUGGGGUGUGGGUGUGGGUGUGGGUGUGGGUGUGGGUGUGGGUGUGGGUGUGGGU